CCAUUCGACCGCAUCAACAUUUUAGUUUCUAGCUCUACAUCAAACGCGAUAUAUAUUUAAUAUUUUUUCAUUUUAAAAUAAAAAUAGUUUAAAUCAUAUUUUCAAAAUUUAUUAUGGAUAAGUACACCUCAACCUUGUUGCCAUAUAUAUUGGAUUUGCUAAGUCGCCAACCUGAGCUACGUAUACCCAUGGAUGACAUCAUUAAGCAUAUCCAAGAUGCCGUGAUGUUCGAGCAUGUGCGUCCCUUUGGUUCCCUUAGGAACGCCGUAGACGUGGCUAUCGGAGUGGGGGAGACGACUGGAGUACUUACCCUUAUCGAUGAAGAAGUAACUCCUAAGGCCCGAAAAUUGACCAAGAAGCGAACUCCAAAAACUCGGUCAAGAAGUGCUCGUACCCGAAAAGCCACUACAUGCCGGCACCUCGGCAAGAACAAGGGUGGACGGGUAGCGAAGGCUCCCAAGCGCCGCUAGAGCCAAGCGCUCCCAAUUCACAUCCAAAUCUGGAGCUCGUUAUUGAAAUAAUGUUAUUGGACUACUUAGCCGUUACCGGGGCAUGGGCACCUAAAUUAAAAAAAUAAACCCCACGAGCAGGCCUGUCCUGCUCGGAGUCGCAA